CAACUAUAUCAUGAAGUGUCCAACAGCUAUAUCUCUACCAAACCGAGAGCAUAUCAAGUGUGACCCAGCCUUUAUACAGGUGACCAGGGAGAUCCCACUGGACAGUUGGAAUAAAGAGCUUCAAUGGUCUCUUGCUCUGAGGGGAAAUCUUGUGGUUGCUCUGGAGGAUGCAAGUCUUAUACAAGUAAAUGUAGAGCGCAGACAAUCAAACAUCACCAUUCAAGGCCGAAGAAGAGAAAUCCUCAGGCCUGUUUUGAUAAUGGAAACCAAAGGUGAAUUCCUACCUCUCAAGCUGGUCAGUGGACAUUAUGCAUACAGCAUGGAGGCUACUUGCCCUGUGUCCAGGUCUGUGACUGAGAAGACAGUGCUGCACAUCUUCAAACGGCGCAUGGGCUUGACGAAGAGAGGAGGGUAUGAGAAUGAGACCUUGACCAUCAGCAGUGUGGUGGUGCGCCAGACUGACACGUUCACCUGGACUGAGAACAGUGACUUUGUUCAGCUGGUGAUCCCUACCUCAGUCAUACAGCGCAAAAAGAGCUGCACAGGGGAACUUGGAAAGGAGUUCCUGCAGCCCUUCUUCAGAGUAGAUGUGGUACUUUCCUUUAAAGAGACAAAUCACAAAAUGCACUGGACCAUGGAGAAUACACUGCCAUGCACGAGGUCCAGGCCCACAAUCGUCGAGUCACAGCCUUCCUCCACACCUCAAUUUGCCAUGACAGUUUUUCCAACACAGUCCAUCGUUACUGUACACCUUCAUCCGAAGCUCUCGACUCUUGAUGGGAUGUUUACAGAGACUUUUCCCAAGGGCACCCCCUCUUUGACAAAAGCAACACCAGCUCCAGGUAGGGUCCCAUGCUGGCUGCGGGCUGGGCUGGGCCAGGCUGCGCUGCGCUGCAGUCCCUCACACCUCAGCCCCUCAGGGCCCAGCCAGCUCACACCCGAGCAGGUGCUACGGCUCCACGCCGAGCUCCACACUGCCCUGAUGGAGAACAUCUGGAGCGCUCCUGUCCAGGGGCCCCCGUCGUCUCUGCUGUCCCGGGUCUGA